AGUCUCUGAAUGGGAUCCAGACAGCGCGCAUUGUGGCCUCACCGCUCACAGUUUCUCAGAUUUCUUCAAUCAACACAAUUGACAGUUCGACCACUGGUACCGGUGUCCGAGAGGAGAUUGGUGUCAGCCAAUCAGUCACCAAUGGUUCCACGCAGGCAGCGAGUCUACAAAACUUAAUCACCACCAACCCUCUCCUUUCGGCCGUUCUUGUCAACUGUGCGACGGCCAAUCUGUUAACUCAGUUGGCCAACUCUGUUUCCUCGUCGAUGCUUUCACUGGCUCAGUCGAUAGCAGUCGAAAAACAACAGAAUAUGGCCGGACAGAUAUCGGAACUUACCCAAAUGCUGUCGGCGCUCACCUCCCUGGCCUCGACCCUCUCCUCUUCUCUACCAAGCUUGGCCAGCUUGCGGACAAAUUCGGCUACACCCACGAACCCCAUAUUGACCAGUCUCAUUAGUCAGAUCAACACUUCGACCGCCACCCCCAUGGUCUCCUCUGUCAUCCCGUUGGCUAGUUUGAAACUGGUUACCGGAACCGACAAAGCCAAGACAGAUUCGAUUCCCUCUACCAUCUCCUCACUCUCUCUCCCCGCCGUGUCAACCUAUGGGACUACAGUGCCUAAUAUCACCAUCUCCCCCCUCCAAUCUACCCCCAUUCCCAUUGUUACGGCCUCUCGAACCGUUCCUACGCCACGGCUGCCUGAUCACAUUGGUCUUUCAGGCGUCCUAACCGCUGUCCCCUCCUCUGGUUCUCCCUCGGUCAUCGCCGGCUGCAAGUCGCGGUUCAAACGACGACGAGACCUGACGGAGCAUGACAGUGUGCAUCGGGCCAAACGGGAAACUGAGAGUGGAGGUCCACUGUUAGCUCUGCUCACCGGGGAACAGCAGCAGCAACAAGAGAAAGAUGACUCGGCGGAUGAUGAUGAUGACGACGAUGAUGAGGACGAUGACGAUGAUGAUGAAGAUGACGAGGAGGAGGAUGAGGAGGGGAGUAAACAGGACGGAAGUAAGUCGGACGGUGGCACAUCCACUGGACAGAAGCUUUCUCUCGGCGAGGGUCAGAUCAGUCCACGAAACGCGGAAUCAGAGAAAGCCCCCAGUCGAAAGAGGAAGCGGCAUUUCUGCCCUUUCCCCAACUGUAAUCGUUCCUACGCUCGUCGUCAUCGACUGAAUCAACAUAUGUGUCAGCACACUGGAAUAGGACCUUACUACUGUGACCAACCGAGCUGUUCUGUGAAGUAUUUCUGUGCCAGUGAUCUUGAUCGUCACAAAUUAGUCCACCUCGUUCCCACCAGUGGGGAUCCCCUAAAGAGGCACCUCUGCCCUUAUCCUGGCUGU